AAAGCAAGUUUGACGGAGCCGACACACCACAUACAACACAUACACUUCGAGUCAGUUCAGUUUUGAUUUAGAUCUCCUACGCAUCGGUCGCAUUUUUUGGUUACGGCACAAUCUUUCUUUUUUCCCAUCAUUUUUUCCAUGCACACAUUAUUUCGUCAACAAAAAGCGAUUCGUAUUCAUUAAAUUUGUGUUCUAAGUUGGUAAAACUACUGGAUUUUUUUUUAAAUCGAAUUUUGUGUUAAAUAAAUUGAAAUGUCAAAUAUUUUGUGAAUUAUUCAUGUUUUUACCAUGCAUUCUCUCGGUGGAAGUGUAAAAUAUUGUUGAAUUUUUAUCGGCAACACGGGAGGGAAAAAACAGUUCGAACACGAAACUCUACUGCUAUCGCGCAAAAGUGAAAUAGUUCCCCGAGUGACAGAAAUAAAAAAAAGGAAAAACCGAAGAAUAAAGACUGGAUAAAAGCAAUUAACCAAGCCCGAUGCAGCAGCAGGAUAAAGUGUUGCGAGAACAAUAUGCAUAGGUGUUGUGCAGUAUGAAAUUUAUGCACACACACUCGUUGUCGUUUAUAUCGAGAGAUAAAAAUCGGUGGCCAAGUUUGUGACCACAGCGCAAGCAACACCGUAUUAAAUUUCACAGACGAUUUCGGGAAUUUGAUAAAAUUAAAUGAGCAAAAAAUAUACAAGCAAGAAAGAAAAUAAACGUGAAUUUUGUUGAAAAACAACACAGACGGGCCAGAAAAAAAAGAACAACAACAGCCGACAACAUGAGAAAUUUAAAGAGAUUUUUGGCUUUCCUCAUCGGAAUAUUUGUGAUUGCCGCUCCAAAUGUGUCUGGCCACAUGAAUCUAUUUUUAAAUCAACAUGAAGUCAUGCGUUUAUUGGGUUUAUCGGCGGAACUUUAUUACGUUCGAGAUGGCUUAGUCAAUGAAUAUGCCCUGCAUUUCACGGUUCCGGUACCAGCCAAUAUACACGACAUUACGUUUACAUGGCAAAGUUUAGCAGGAAGACCGUUACCGUACAAUGUGAACAUUGAGUCAUCGGAUUUGGCGGUUCUACCUCGACCAACGCUGAAUAUCUCACGAAGUGGAAACAUCCCAGUGGAAAUUGAAACCUUUUCGAUUGAUAUGCAGUGCAGUGGACUGCGAUCGGCUGAGGUCGAUGUUACGAUUACGAUUGAAGUCACGCUUAAUCGAGCCUCUAACAAUGUUACCGAAUUAGUGUUUCGGCGCAAGAAAAUCUGUUUGCUUGUUGAAAAUGUUGAAAAAACGAGCAACAGCCUGGAUGAUCCAUUGCUACUGGAAGCGAUGUCAGCUGUCGAAACAACGGGUCUAUUGACAUUGAUCAUUGGAGGUGUGUUGGCAUUGAUGUUGGUGCUCAUUUUAAUUUCAAUCGCAUACUGUGCCCGAAGCCCAACCAAACGAGGCGGACACAGUCAACCGCUUCGUACAUCAAGCUUUCAACGAUUACAAACCCAUCCACCGUCUGCGCCGCCAUCAAUUGUUUUUCCCCCAGCUCCAACCUCAACACUGCCACGUAGCGAACGCAUCAACGAACGUGCCGCCACAAAUACGGCCGAUUCAAAGGAAUUGCUUACUAUCAAACGGUAUCGAGUACGCUUGUCGAAUUUAUUACAAGAGGGCAACUUUGGCCGGGUUUUCCGCGGCACUUACAACGAUGUGCAAGAUGUUCUAGUGAAAACGGUAGCUCAACACGCAAACGAAAAUCAAGUCAGCCUGCUGUUGCAAGAGGGCAUGAGUUUGUAUGGUGCAUCGCAUCCAGCUAUUCUGUCUUUGCUCGGAGUUUCCAUUGAUGAUAUCUCAACGCCAUUCCUUUUGUACGCUGCAUCGAGUGGCACUAAGAACCUUAAGCUAUUCCUUCAAGAACCAUCCUCACGUACGCUAACCACAAUCCAAAUUGUCAUGAUGUCAUACCAAUUAGCACUUGCCCUUGGCCAUUUGCAUAGCCAUGCCGUUGUGCAUAGAGAUGUUGCUGCGCGGAAUUGCGUUAUUGAUGAACAGCUUCAAGUGAAAUUGGCCGAUAGUUCGCUUGCCCGAGAUCUAUUCCCAGAAGACUACAGCUGUUUGGGCGAUAUGGAAAACCGGCCAAUCAAAUGGUUGGCAUUGGAAACACUGCAGAAGAACAGUUACUCCGAGGCAUCGGAUACAUGGGCGUUUGGUGUUCUUCUCUGGGAAUUGUGUACCCUGGCGAGACAGCCAUAUCAAGAGAUUGUCAAUGAUGAUAUGGAACAGUUUUUGUCCGAAGGCUAUCGAUUAGCUCAACCAGUGAAUUGCCCCGAUGAAUUAUUCGCAAUUAUGGCAUAUUGCUGGGCAUUGUCACCACUUGAACGACCAUCAUUCGGGCAGCUGCAAGUGUGUUUACAAGAUUUCCACACUCAAUUGACGCGAUACAUUUAAAUUCGUUCAUUUGGUUGGGUUAUUUUAGGUUUUUUUUUGUUGCAUAUGAUGUUAAUUCGUAAAUGUUGUGUUAUUUUCGUGUUGGAAAACAGUCAUGUAUACUCAUAAGUAGAAGUCAUAAGUGCUUAUAUUCACAGAGCGAUUGUGAGAAAGACUUUUUAAAAACAACCAACUUGUACCAAUUGAAAACCAUUAAUAAUUCGAACCGAAUUUAAAUAUCGAAACUACUUUUGAUGGUAUAUUUGAAGAGGAGUUCCAAGUGAAUUCAAUUCAAGAUAAUCAUCGUUCAAGUGUUUUUCUUUCAUUUAUUUUUCAAUAAGUCUAAAGCAAUUGCAUGCCAAUAAUUUAAAUGCCUGAAAGACUAUAAUCAUAACAAACAAACAAAAAUAUACCGCCAAUACAAUAAUAAUACAAUAUACAAAAUGCGAAACAUUUUAAGCAGUCGGAUCAAAAGAAGAAAAUCACAUAAGUUAGGCUAUUUGUAUGAUAUUAUAUUUAAUAUGUUUUACAAGUAUUUAAAAGUUGUGUCUAUGAUAAUGGAGCGCUAUAUACAUUUAUUCGAUCUAUUGAACACACACGUAUAACUGGCAACCAGUUAGAUUUAGUUUUAGCUGUAGGAAGUUACAUUGGAAAUGACAUACUAAUCGAUUCACGGGCUCUCGCAACUGCCAACUUCGACUGCUAUUCAUAUUUUUAAUAAGUAGUCAAAUUAUUCUCACUCACUAUAAAAAUACAAACAAAAUGAAGAAAAAGACUUGAGUCAAGUGGUCACUUUGUUUUUCCCAUCGUGAAGAGAAAACAAAAUCCAGAGACUGAACCAUUUUUUAAGCUAUUCAUCGUUCAUUUUCAUGAAUGACUUUUUGAGAAGCGAACAUUUUGAAAAUGACAUUCGAUACCGCGAUGUGGCAAUAACAAUAAAAAAAGAAGAAAAUAAAAACAAUAAGUAACAUGUAAUAGCGCGCAACUCUGUAUGCACCAGUUAACCUCUGUACAUAAAUUAUUUUAAUGUGAAUAUAUAUAUGCAUCGUGUAAUUUUAUCAAAAAAAAAACGAUUUAUUUUAUAAAAUGCGUAAUCAAAGUUUCAAUAAAAAAAACCGAACAAUGUUUAUUCGAAACCUAUACCUAAA